UACGGUCACUUCCUUAUCUCCAGGGAUGAUGAUACUGGAGCUAAUGAUGUGUUAAAGCCGACGGAAAUCGUACGGCCGAUUCAGUUUCAUUCCGUUCACUAUUCAGGAUGGUUAAGCUGUGCGUAGUUUUGGUGAUGGUAGCCAUCGCGCUACCACAAAGCGCCUUUUCGAAACAACUCGUUUGUAACAUGGAGCUAAGCCGAAGCUGCAGCGUGGUCGGCGCUAAAGUAUCUUCGGACGAAAUCACGUCAACCGAAUUCAUCAGCCCAAACCCAUCCACCCUCACCAGGGUACAGUUUUCGCGCUCUACACUAGCAGCAAUUCCACCGGCCAUCGUCCAAAACUUCCCCAAGCUGGAAGCGAUCAAUGCCACCGCCAGCGACAUUAAGCAAGUGCAGUCCAAUAACUUUGCCGGUGCAAAAUCCCUUCAAACGCUGUACCUGAGCGGUAACAAAAUUCACGAAUUACCGCGCGAAGCAUUUUUCGGUGCCAAUCGCCUUCAAACACUGGACCUUUCGGACAAUGAGAUUUCCGCGAUCGAUGCCACAGCGUUCAAGCGAUUGCGCGACCUGAAAACGUUGCUGCUGGGUGGAAAUAAGAUUGCCGAGCUGGACCCGGCCGUGUUCGAUGAUUUAUCUGAGCUGGAAAUUUUGAAACUGCAGCAGAACGCUCUGUCCUCGAUCGCCGAGCAAGUGUUCCGUGGAUGCCCUUCACUGACGACGUUGAACAUAUCGCACAACGUGCUGAAAACGUUCAAUUUGGCCCAGUUCGAGCGUCGUUGGAAUUUUGAUUUGAUCGAUGUCAGCUACAACCAUCUGGAGACGGUGAGAAUUCCACCGAACCUGCGCCAGCUGGUCGCUAUCGGUAAUGGAAUCCGUACGGUGGAAAGCACUGCCGUAAAUGGGUCGGAACUGAUAUUUCUCAAGCUGACGAACAACAAGCUUACCAGCAUGGAUGAGCUGCCGGUGUUUGAUAAGCUGAUCAGUCUCGAUCUAUCGUACAAUAUGAUACGGGAGUUUGAUUUCGGUUCGGUCGCACGGUUCGGUAAGUUGGUGCUCCUCAAACUAGAUGGCAAUCAGCUGCAAUCGUUGAGCAACAGUUUAACUGAACCGAUCACACACCUCAAGUACGUCCAUUUGGCCGACAAUCAAUUCGUCCAUCUCAAUCUGGACGUGCUGCAGACGGUUCCGCGCGUCCUUAAGCUGGAUCUUCGUCGGAACAAGCUGGAACGGCUCAUGGUGACUGAUUUGUACGAUUCGUUCCCGGUGAUGGUACGCAUGAUGCUGGAGGGAAAUCCGUUCCGAUGUGAAGAUAUCCAGCCUUUGCUGAAGCAACUGAAAGGAUCCAUUACCGCGUACGCAAUGACGCGCAAUGACUGUCGCAAGGAGCAGAAUCUUAUCGAUGGAAUCUGUUGUUCUUAGGUGUCUAUCUCUGUGUGAUCUAUUGCGAUGGGUGAAUAAAGCAUGCGUUUUUGUAAGUGAGA